GGCGGCUAGUCCAUUGCCAACCACCACCGCACCUCACUCCCACAUACCUCCUCUGCUUCUCCUCCUACCUGCUAGCUCUCGAGUGUUUGUUUGAUUGGUAGGCGCUCCUAAGCUAGCUAGCAAUGGCGGCCCAGGGAAGAGGCAGUGCAGCCGUGGUCGUGUGCGUGCUGCUCGUGUGCGUGCUCCUGAGCGCGGCGGCGGUGGUGGACGCGGCGGUGUUCAACGUCGGCGACCGCGGCGGCUGGUCCUUCAAUACCAACUCCUGGCCCACCGGCAAGCGCUUCAAGGCCGGCGACGUCCUAGUGUUCAAGUACGACGCGACGGCGCACGACGUGGUGGCGGUGAGCGCGGCGGGGUACAAGGCCUGCGCCAAGCCGGCAAACGGCGCCAAGGUCUACAAGUCCGGCUCCGACCGCGUUACCCUCGCACGCGGCACGAACUACUUCAUAUGCAGCAUUCCUGGACACUGCCAGUCCGGCAUGAAGAUCGCCGUCACCGCCGCCUAGCAUGUUCCAUCGUACGCGCGAUGUUACGUGCCACGACGAGCGAAACUUAAUUGCUGACCAAAAUAAAAGACCGAGCGUACGUGCUUCGUUCUUUCAAGUCCUAGAUCAAUGUGCAAUGUUUGAUUUACACUCGACCGAUCGUACCUGCUGUUGUAUGGUGCCAUAUGUGCUGAUUUUGUACUCAUAUAUACGAGAGAAUAAAAGGCAUCGACAAUUA